AUGCCGUCCUUACGGCAGGUUAUCUGGAUCCCCCUGACCAGCCCGUCGACCGGAAUAUCAGAGUCUUCAAAAGGUGUACAACAAAGCAUCAACAAUGGAACAUUCGAUACCACUCAUGUCUCCCCUGGUGAAGCGCAAAACCUCGGGAAUAAGCCGCAGACUAGGAGCACAUUCACGCAGACCGAGGAAAUUGAUUCCAUUUUAUUAGUGCAGCCCACACCACUGCAACCUAGUGAUGAUGAGCCCGAUUGCCAGAGUAUCUCGAGUCAGGAUGGUCCUUCGUAUCCAAGAGAAACCACUGGGUUCUCCAAAGCGCCCCCGAAGCUGAUUACUGUCACCCCGAGUCCUGACAGAAUGGUGAAGCGAAGCCUGAAAGGCAUCCAUAUUUUUAUGAUCACGAUCAAUGCGGUCCUUGGAACUGGUCUGUACUGGCGAGGAGGCCAAGUCCUCGAGCUUGGUGGCCCUUUAGCUGUUGUUCUGUCCUUCCUCCUGGUAGGACUCCUGUCCUGGUCCGUUAUGCAGUGCGUGUCAGAGAUGCUUUGCAUCUGGCCCAUACCCGGCGCAUUAUCGGUGUAUGUCAGCGAGUUUGUCGAUGUUGAGCUGGGAAUUGCUGUUGGAGUCGCCUACUGUUCUCACAGGUUCACAUAUUCCAUGUCAUUUUCUACGCUCCUUGCAACCUCAGCUGCCGAGUUCAACUUCUGGCCUGGCAUUAACGACAGCACUGGUAUUCACGCAGGAGUUCUGUAUCUUUUGAUUCCCCUCAUUCUAGUUUGCGCGAACGCAUUCAAAAUUGAGAUUUAUGGCAUGCUGGAAGUCCUUACGGGAGGCAUUAAGCUAUUAUGUCUUGCGAUCAUAGUAUGCGCAUUAAUUGCCAUCAAUAGAGGGGUUGGAACGCGAGAUGGUUCUCCACUUGGUGUCAAAUACUGGAGCUCGCCUACUGCAUAUGACUCUGAUGCCGCUCCGAAUUGGUUUACUGCCCUGUUAAUGGGAAUGUCCAUCUCAACCUUCUCGUAUGUUGGGAUUGAGAUCGUUGCGGCCUCUGCGCUGGAGGCAAAAUGGCCAAACCAGAACCCAGGGUCAAGAGCACCGUCGGAUGUGACACCUCGCCCAAAUGAUACAUUGAUUGGAAAUACUGUGAAAUUUUCUGCAAUCUUCAUAUCAAUCCUUGCCACAGCUGCAUACACUGUUGCAGGAUUUCUGGUUACUCUAGACAUAUACCGAGGAGACUGUGAGCUUCCCCGUGUGAGUUGGCUUUCGGAAGAUGCCAAAGACCACUGUCCCGCGCCUGGCAGCAGAGCUGCAUUCGUUGCCGUUGCCUUGAAUUCAGGCAUUCCACAUCUCGCAGAUGUUUUUAAUGUUUUCUUGAUUUUCACUUGCCUCACAUGUACCAGCACCAACCUCUAUGUUGCCUCGCGGACUUUAUUUGGUCUCGCAAGUGGAUUGGAAGGUGGCAAGGGACAGCCCUGGUACUUACGCGUCGUCGCAUGGUUUGGAAAGACGAAUCGUCACAAAGUUCCGAUCCGCUCUGUUGUGUUCUCUGCUUUUGCGUUUUCGUGGGUUCCAUUUCUACAAUUGAUCGGAAAACCGGAGACCCGCAACUCUAUUAAUAAGGUAAAAUACUCUCUUGAGGCGCAUUAA